AUUUAAUUUUAGUUCGUUCUAUCGGUCGAAACGUUCUUGUUCCGCGCUCGAUUUUUUUUUCAUUUGCUACCUAUUUCUCGUGCAUAUAUUCGAAGCCAACUUGAAAACGUGCAGUCAAACUGAAAGUUUUUGAGUAUUUUUUUUGAAACGCAUAUAUUUUUUUUGAUAUGCUCCUCGGCGGUGAAAACAAGAAGAAAUUCUUAUUGCAUUGCCUUAGUUUGUUGAAGUUCAAAAUUAGUUAUUUUUCUAUAGAGAAACGAUCUGUUUACGUUUUAAAUGUUUAAGUGUUCGGAACUGUUGAAAACGAAAAAAUUUUAGCAAAAAGGAAGAAAGAUACGACAGAAAAAUAAAUAUUAAAUCCGUGGAAAAAGGAGCUAGAUUCGACAUAUUUAUUGUGAAAAUUAUUCGACGAAAAGAAAAACAUUAAAUAAAAAUUUAAAGGAAUUGUGAAACAUUCAAAUUGAAGUCGAACCAACAACCAAAUGACCGCUCUUAUCGAAUGACGUUGGACAAGAAACCGACAGUUCAACUAUUUGCUUUGUUCAAUUUUAAGGUCAAAAUAUAAGCGACUUCGAGAAAGUUUUGAGGACAAUUCGUGAACUGUGGUAUUCACCACGCAAUAACAAUAGCAUAGCUGAUGUACAAUAUUUACACAACUAUUAUUCAUUCAUACAACGGCAAAAACAACUAAAUGAACAAAACUUUGAUUAUAUACUAAAUUGGCAGGAAAAUCAAAGUCCAGAAAAUUGCGUACAUUUCAUGGGAUCAAACGCAUUCACAACAAAUGAAAUGAUGAUGACGCACAAUAAUCGCAAAUUUGAUAAAACUUUCGAAGCAAUGGCUUCGAACACUACAAUGCCCAACAAAUCGAAAAAACCACACACAGGAUUAUUAAGACGUAGGCACUCAUUGCCUGAGAUAAUCAUGAGAAGGCAUCAAUUAGCUUCCCAGAAACACGUUUUUUCUGAUAUGAACGCUUCAUCAGCACCGUCACCGCCGGCCCGAGAACGAGUACCUCAAUCAUUUGAAUCACGUGAACGUACACGUACUGCAUCUCCGAUUUCGUCAUUAGGAUCUUCCGCCUCAACAAUUGUACCAAAUGGUUUUGCGAGUGCCGGUUCAACUGGUUCUGAUUCAAAUUUGAAUCGGAUAUUUCCAACAAAUGGUUCAAUGCGUCAACAAUUGUUGAGACGUCUUUGGCACAAGGAAUACCGUCGUCUAGAUCGAACUGGUAGCCUUUCACCGCCGUUGCAUCGUUCACUUCGCACCAAACGUACACUUCGAAUGCAAGACACAUCACCCGAAGUGUGUUCAGAAUGUGAAAGACUUGAAGUGACACACUUUAAUCGCUCCGUUCCGGAAUUUACAAUGAAACACAUUAAACACACAAAUUCACUGUCUCAUCCAAGGACUAGUUCAUCGGCAUCGUCGUUGUCGUUUGCACGUAAAUCGUACAUUGAAACCGAAACACAAAAUGAGCGAUCUCCAUUGACAAUUUCUUCGGUAUCAAGUGAACGUAAAUCAUCACCGCCGGCACAAAGUGACAUUACGACCACAAACACAAAUACAGAAUUGGAUGUUAGCAUAACAGCAAAUUUAUUGAAUCAAAUGAAUGGUAAUAUUGUAAAUGAAGACCACAUUAAUGGCAACAGCAGCUCUCAAGCAAACGGUGAAAAUUCAUUUCUGAUUGAAAUGGAAGGUGAUCAAAUUAAUAUAACAACAAUGGCUGCGGCAGAAUCAACAGCCAUUUCAGAGACAACACUACAAGUUUCGAGCGAUGAAUCGUCGUUGCGUCACCACGAACAAUUGUCCGAAUCGACAAUUUCACAAAUAUCAAGCGGCCAAUGGUAUGAUGGUCAACAUAAUGAUAGCAACAACAACUACAACUCGAACGGUGAAAACGAUUCAAAAUCGAAAAUCACCGAAAUUAGUCAUAUGAAAAGUGGUACAUACGAAGCGUAUCACAUGAGCAGCGGUGAAAUCGAUAUUGAAAAUGAAUCGGUUGUUCGGCUUAAAACGAUUAAAUCACACGAACCACUUGAUCAAAGUGCCAUAGAUACAAUUAUAUCGCAGAUUCUGGUGGACAGUCUGAACAAUAUAAUUGUUGUGCAAGGUAAAGGCAAUCAAAUUGAUUCAAACGGUGAUAAUAUUGUUGAGCUCAAUACGAGCCAAACACAAACGGAAAAUGCUGUGAUGGCGAAUGAAAGUUUUUCGCAUGUUUCAAACUCUUCACCCUUGCCACUUCCUGUUACCGAUCAAGUGUUCUUUCCGCACUAUAUGUCGUCCGAAACGCUCUCAGAAUACUCGACAAAAUUGUCCGACAAUUCCAAUGAAUUCUUAUCUUCGAAUUUGGUAAUAUCUGUGAUAAGCGGUAGUUCGUAUCCGGGCAAUGGUGGCGAAAUCGUCGUACAUAGAAUGACAGAUAUGUCAAGAACCGAAUCAAUGGAAGUGCAACCAUCGUCGGCUCCUCCAGUGCAUGCGGAUGAUGAAAAUGGAAACCCGAUAGCCCAACAACCAAUAAAAACCGCAACAACAACCGAAGAUGAUGAUGAUGUAACUAGUCUAGUCGAUAGUUUAGAUGACCCAAAUGCAAUUGAAAAUGUUCGUGAAUUCGAAAUAACGCCAAAUGAUUUGAAAAUAGUUGAAAAAAGUCAAGCAUUCUUUGUUCCUAUUGAAAAUAGUGAUGUAAGUUCUGAAAAUUUUCCAACGCCGACUGAUUUGAAUGCUCCGAUUGCGGAAACAAUGCCUGAACGAUUACGUGAACGCCUACAUAAACGACAAAUGGAAAUUGUUGAACGUAAAGAAGCCGAAAGUAGGCGACGACAAGAGAAAAUUCAAAAAUUGAUAGGCCAGCAUGGCAAAAAUAAAAGCAGUUCGGAUAGUAAAACAAAUACUCCUAGUUUUGAAGUAAUUCCCGAUGAAUCUCCGAAAACAUUGAAGAAACCAAUGAAAGUCGUUAGUAAAAAGGGUAAUAGUAAACAACUCCAAACAGAAAUUGGAUCAUUGGAAUCGUAUACGGUUGACGGCCAGGGCAAUUUAAAAUUCGUUGAAGCCGGUAAGAAAUCGAAUGGUGGCAAGAAAGUUACAACUAUAUCCGGUCCUGUUGUCAAACAUGUUACAGUCAAAAAGACAAUCACAACCAAUCAACCAUUGGCAAUUGGAAAGAAACAGCGUGAAAAUGCGGCGUCAGAUAAAUCGUCGGCCGAGAAACGGAUUAAAGUAACUUCGAACACAACCAAAUACCGAGGCAAAGAGAUUGUUAGCCAUAAAACACCGAAAGAUGUGCAGAAAAUGUUACUCGGUCAACAUUCACCAUCUGAUAUAAUAACGCCGGAUCGUGAUUGUGGACCAAGACGUAUGUAUCAGAAGACUGAGAUUCAAGAGGGUGCAAAGCGAAUCGAAAUUUUGGAAAUUGUUGAAUGUUUAAACAGUUCACCAGAUAGUAUAAAUCCAUCGCAGUCAUCGUCAUCUUCCCCACCAACCGAUUCAACUCUAUCACAAUCAUUGGUUGAACGAUUCUCAACUAAACACACAUCAAAAAUUCCAGUUCCAGUUUUGGCAAAGAAUAAAUCACGAGUCCAGUUGAAUGGUGGUGGGAACCAACAACGCACACUCAAAGCACAGAUCCGUGAUUCAGUGAGUCAUUACAAUGGCACUGCAUUAAAUAAUUCCAAAGUCGAUCAGAUCAUUGCUGAUUUAUUGAUCGAGGCCCUCAACAAUUCGACCGACAUAGGAAUAGAAUUCAUAAAAACACCACAAAAUGCCACCGCCCAAUCACACACCAAAGCAAAUCCGGCCAAGCGAAUGAGCCUAAGCACACGACGUUCGAAUAGCGGUGGAAAUGGUAGUGGCAAACGUUCAGCUCAUAGCAGUGGAAAAUAUCAGCAUGUGUUUGACUCAAUUCCCGAAGAGAAAAGCGGAAGCUUGUCAAUUGAAUCACCGACCGAUGAAAACACCAAUUCAACUGCAAAUCCAGCGAGCGAAACGGAGAUAAAAACCACAACCAAUACAAUACCAUCACAUGCCAAUAAAAGUAUUGAAACUCGUCAAAAGAGUCCCACAAAAUGUAUGCCAAACGGAAGCCAAAAAUCAAAAAUUGCUAGUGGCAAAGCAGCCAUCGAAAGCGAUCAAAUUAAAUCGGAAACUUGGUUUGGGUGCUUUGGUCGCACUCACGUUGAUAGUGAACAUCCCGUUGAUGGCCUACUUAUGGAAGAAGUCGUUACAGAAGAAAAGUCUGCGCCAAAAACAGUGUCAGAAAAUUCAACAAAUGCCCAAACCGAACCAAAUACACUUGUAUCAACGGCCAUAUCAUCUGUAGCUACAAAAGAUAGUGCAUUGACGUCUAUUCCGAGCGAGGCUCCAGUUCGUGAAUUGGAGUCAGUCGGUUCGGAUUCAAUCUUGCCAUUGAUUGAAGAAACGUUUGAAAGUUCUGUAACAGGUAAUCGUGGCGGUGAUGCAGCGAAUGGUAAGCCUUUCCGAAAAAAUGCACGCUGUUCGGCUCAAAACCACUUUGACGCUCCGUGCAGUGAGUGCGAAAGCAUCGAAAAUAAUCUUAAAGAGCAAGCCAAUUCAAUAAAAAAGAAAACGUUGGACGCUAAUCCCACUGCUAAUGAUGAGAAAUUACAUUUGGUGGCACUAAAACCUUCGUGUCAUUCGACAAGUAAUGAAAAUGUAUGGCAAGUGGCCCAUCUUGAAAAAUACGAUACGAUGGGCAAGUUUAUGUUGAAUCCAAUAACAGUAUGUUCAGCCCAAGGAACCAGCACCUUGACAAAUAAUAGCUCUUUUAUUGUUUUACAUGAUGAAAAUGAAAACUCUUCACACUUUUUGCCAAAUAUUACAAGCGGAGAAACGGAUCCAACUCCAGUGCGAAACGGUCAAAAUAUAUUUGAUCGAGCAGAUUGUUGCUUCUGCAAUCCAUCGUUGCACCAUAAACGACGCAAUGGCUCGGAAAAUUCACCAAAGAAAUGCAAUUUUUGUAGUAGUCGUCAACAAUCGACACAAACCACACCGGCAACCUCAACACGAAAUCAAGAAAAGGGACAAUCAAUAAAUAAUAAUACGGAUACAUCUAGACCAUUGGUUCCGGUGGAGCGAAUUUACGAAAGCAAAUAUCGAUCAAAUCAUACUCACAUCCGAACACAUUCCAAGGAAUCGGACACAAUUAACACACAAUGCACAAAGAAAACGAAUAGAAAGGUACGAAAAUCGGUGUUAAGUGGCAGUGACGAUCGGUUAAAUGGAAAUUCAGAGCUGAAUCGUAAUAAAACCGAAGAUCGCAAUGGAAAUGAGGUGAAUGGCAACAAACCAAGUAAGCAACCAAAAUCAUCAAUACCUAAACUACCACCAGCAACAACCGAAUGGAUUACACAUAGCACGGACUCGACAACGAGCCCAAGUUCAUCUAAUUCGACCGGCUCAAAUACAAAGUCACAUUGUUCAUAUCGAAGACAAGAUUCAAAAAGCGUUCCGAAUUUGCCACGGACUGAACGUUGGCAGAACGCCACCGACUCAAGUCCAAGUGUUAAACCACAAAAAUCACGAACGAAUUCUCGUUAUCAAAAUUUUUACGGCAAUGGCACAGGGAGUGCUACGGAACGGCGUGCCAGUACACCGGCUGUCACAUCAAAUGAGACAAAAUCAAAGUCAAAACCUACAGGAUGGACAGUAACUGUCGCUGGUACAUACAGUGAUGAUAUGGCGCCCGACGUACAGAUGCAUUUAAGUUUUCCAAAAAGAGCUGCGAACCAACGAAAAACCAUUGAAAAAUCAACAAGCAUACCGAUGGAAUCGACAAAUAACAAUACAACCGAACUCGAAAUUGACACGAAUAGCAACUAUAAUGACAUAGACUUGCAAACGCCUGAUGCAAAGCCAGCUAUACUUCCACCGCCAACACCACAAUCCAUAAAACUCAAUCCAAAGCGUAGUCUAACUAAAAACUAUUUAAAUCUGAUGCAACAUCAACAACAACACAGCCAACUGGUGCCACAUCGAAAGUUCAGUUUUGAUAGUAAUGGAAAUGCCAACCUAUAUCAACGUACUUCUGCCAAGGAUUAUUGCAAUCAUCUUCCACAUAUAAAUAAUGACCAUGAUCAAGCAAAUCGCAUAAUUGCUAAGCAAACAGCCAAAAAGACGAUUAAGCGUUCGGAGUAUAGUGUGUCAGUGGCAUCGGCAACGACUACAACCAGAACCAUAUCGAAUUUCGCGAACGGAAAACGGGCAAUGUCAAUUCAGGCAUUGAAUGCCAACUCAUUUCAACGUUUCAACAAUGGUAGUCGAAGAGGACUUUAUGGUCGUCGUGACCAUUCUGCUGAUCCGGGGCAAUUAACAUAUCGAUUAUCCGCAUCACCGUCACCUCUUCCAUCAUCCGCAUUCUAUUCACCCACAACAAUUGGCUAUGACGACGAAACCGAUCGCAAUGGAAACAUUAACAGCCGGACAAAUUUAUCAGUAUGUGGCAACGCUAUUGCACCAGAGAGAAAGCCUCCAGUACCAACAAACACGGAACGGGACGUGACAAGAAGACAUGACGCUUGUUUUACACGCACUCGAUCGAUCUUUUUAUAAAUCUAAAUGUUAGGGAAUGUCCCUAUUUAUAGUACAUAUACAUAUUCCAAACAUUUUUUGUUAGUUAUUGUAUUCAUUUUUAUGAUAUUUUAUGAAAUCAUUUAAUAUAGCUCAAUAUAUAUAUAGCUGAAAA